CAUCAUCACAUUAAAACGUCCUAUUAAGUGAAAACAAAACACAAAUAAGUUUAGAAGACAAAUUGUUUUCUUCUUCAGAAUUUCUCUUUAAAAUCUAAAAUCAGCCUACUUUUUUGACAGAAGGGAAUCACUGAACAAUGUUAACAACUUUCUCACUCUGCAUCCUGCAUUUAUGCUGCUUCAACAGAAAAGAAAGUCAAAGUGAUCCACCCAGUGCUGUUCGGUCUGAGUGCUUGCAGAUUUUUUUUUUUAUAACUGUGUUUUAUUGUUUUUUUCUUAUCAGUAAAAUUCAGGUGACAUUCAGACACACCUGUUUUCCACACAGCUUUUACAGACUGAACCUGGAAGUGUGAGCUGCUGUAAGUGACUGUGUGUGAGUUUAUUUUUCAGUAAAAUGGCAGAAGUGAAUAUUUUAGGACUUCAAGAUCAGUUCAGCUGUCCAAUCUGUCUGGAUCUAAUCAUGGAUCCAGUAGCUAUUUCAUGUGGACACACUUUCUGUAUGGUGUGUAUUAAUGGCUCCUGGGAUCAGGAGGAUCAGAAGGGAGUCUAUAGCUGUCCUCAGUGUAGACAAACCUUCACUCCAAGACCUGUUGUGAGUAAAAACAGCAUGCUGGCUGAAGUAGUGGAGACACUGAAGAAGACGGGACUCCAAGCUACACGUCCUGCUCACUGUUCAGCUGGACCUGAAGAUGUGGAGUGUGAUUUCUGCACUGGGAGAAAAUCCAAAGCCAUCAAGUCCUGUCUGGUGUGUCUGGCCUCUUUCUGUGAAACUCACCUCCAGCCUCACUAUGAAUCUCCUGCCUUUAAGAAGCACAAGCUGGUGGAAGCCUCCAGACGACUCCAGGAGCAGAUCUGCUCUCAGCAUGACAAACUGCUGGAGGUUUACUGUCGCACUGAUCAGAAGUGUAUCUGCAUGUUGUGUAUGUUAGAUACACAUAAAAGACAUGAUACAGUAUCAGUUGCAGCAGGACGAGCUGACAAACAGAAGCAGUUGUUAGAGAUGCAGGGAAAAUUCAAGCAGAGAAUCCAGGACAGACAGAAGGAGCUUCAGAAGCUGAGGAAUUCUGUGGAGACUCACAAACGCUCUGCACAAACAGCAGUGCAUGAAACUGAGAAGUUAUUUACUGCUCUGAUCAAAUCCAUUAAGAGAAGAUGCUCUGAACUGACAGCACUGAUCAGAGCUCAGGAGAAAGCUGUAGUGAGUGAAGCUGAAGAAGUCAUGAAGCAGCUGGAGCAGGAGAUUGCAGAGCUGAAGAGGAGAGACUCUGAGAUGGAGGAGCUUUCACACACAGAGGAUCCCAUCCAUUUCCUCCAGAGUUUUCAGUCUGUCUCAGCCACUCCUAAAUCUGCAGUUGUACCCACCAUCAGUCCUCAUCUCACUUUUGAUGAUGUAGUAGAGUCUGUGUCUAAUCUGAGAGAGAAAGUAGAAGAAUGCAGUAAAGAGGAGUUUGGGAAAAUAUUAGCUGGAGUGAGCUAUGUCUGUAUGUUUCCUGUUCCUGAACCCCAAAGCAGAGAAGAUUUUCUCAAAUAUUCCUGUCAAUUGAGACUGAAUCCCAACACAGCUAAUAAGCUCCUCUGUCUGUCUGAGGAGAACACGUUGGUGACCUGCAGUUCAACACAACAGUCCUAUCCUGAUCAUGCUGAGAGGUUUGACUCUUAUCUCCAGGUGUUGUGUACAGAGAGUGUGUGUGGACGCUGUUACUGGGAGGUUGAGUGGAGUGUGGGUUCUAUAGCAGAGUCAUAUGAAGACAUGAGCAUGGAGGAAAACAGUUUUGAGUGGAGUGGGAAUGAUGGGGUUUCUAUAGCAGAGUCAUAUGAAGACACGAGCAUGGAGGAAAACAGUUUUGAGUGGAGUGGGAAUGAUGGGGUUUCUAUAGCAGAGUCAUAUGAAGACACGAGCAUGGAGGAAAACAGUUUUGAGUGGAAUGGGAAUGAUGGGGUUUCUAUAGCAGUGUCAUGUAAAGACAUCAGCAGGAAGGGUAAUCAGUGUGUGUUUGGAUUCAAUGAUCAAUCCUGGAGAUUGUUUUGCUCUCCAAAUAAAUUCAUAUUCUGUCACAAUAACAGACAAAUUAAUGUCCCAGUAAUGCCCAGCUCCUCUAGAAUAGGAGUGUAUGUGGAUCACAGGGCAGGGAUUCUGUCCUUCUACGGCGUCUCUGACACGAUGAAGCUCUUCCACAGAGUUCACACCACAUUCACUCAGCCUCUUUACCCCGGGUUUAUGGUUUGUAAAGGAUCAAAUCUUAAACUAUGUCAUUUAAAAUAGAUCAUUUUCAGAGCUUUGUGAUACCAGUGGAUUUUUGUGUGUGUCUGUUUCUGCAUGCAGUUUGAUGGGGGUUACCUCAAAACAACAGUGUACUGCAAUAGCAAAAGAAAUAUACAAUGAGACUAUGUGAAUAAAUAAAACAAAUCUGAUUUGAGACAAGAACUGACAUCUAAUAAACUAACGUCUUCAUAAUUUUUUAGAAAAUACAGUUUUAUAGUGAAAUCAAACGGCAUUGCUACAGAUAAAAAUAAAUAAAUAAAUAAAAAGUAAAACCUUCUCAUCGGGCAACACUGCUCCAUUGUAGAAUAGUAAGAACAGUAGAAAUUAGCCUUUUUUUAAAAAAAGAAAAAAAAAACUGUGUUUAAAAACAUGAAAGAGUCUCACAUACAUUAUAUUACCUGUGGCAACAUAGUAGUUGUAGCUAAUAAAUUGAUCAUUUAUUGUAAUUAUGAUGAUAGUAUGGAUCGUGAUCAGUCUGUAAACCUAAAUAUACAAAUCGCAUAAUGGUACAGUGUUGGUUUAAGGUAGCAUGGAUUUUUACUAUUUCUAAUAACUGGAUUAUCAAAUAGAUUUCAUUAGUUAAAAUAAUACAAGUUAAAAUAAGAAGUUAAAAUAAAUUUACUACUCACUGCUCCUCCUACGUACUUACUCCUACUAUAUUAUUAAUCAAUCUUGUUAUAUUACUUAAAUUUGUGAUAUUGUGAUGCUUUAUUACAGCCAGACAAUUGUGUUCAGUGGAGUCAUGAGGAAACAACCUGUACACAGCAAAUAUAAAGUCUUUGUGUUGUGUUGCUCCUAAUAAUAUUACAUCUAUUUUACUCUCACACAUCAGUAUACUUUCUAUGUAUAAAUCAUAUUUUGAAACAUUGUGUAAUGCAAUAUUGUGUCUUUUAACAUUAGUGUGUUGUUUGACCUUCAGCACUCCACAUUAUGUUUAUUAUGUUUAGCAUCAUUAAGUCUAUCAAUGGUAAAUUAACAUAACUCACAGUACAGGAUGUACCAGACACAUAAUCCUAUAAAGUAUGUCUGUUUUGAGUUGCAGAUUUUGUUGUAUAAUGCAAUGGCAUUUUAAGCUGCUGUUGAACUGUGAGCAAUAAACUUGACCAUGAACACAAACUCGAUGCCUUAUCCCUGACUCAUAUAUGUACUGAGGAUU